AUGACCCUUCUACCCCCGAGUCAGCGUAUCGUGAAAAGGCCGGUGUGGCCAGUUGAUGAACGCGCCAGGACCGCGGUUAGAGACUUGCAAGAGGGAGAAUUGCUGCAGCUAAUUAUUGAUUACUCAGAGGAAGAGAUGCAGUUUGCCAACUCCUACAAGGGAGUCGACCCGGAAAUUGUCGCGGAGCAUUUUGUCUCCCCCUCGUCACAGGUAUAUUCCUUCUACCGGUAUCCAGGCUCUGGUUCUGUGGUCUUGAUCUGGACUCGACAUCAUUGGGCAAACUCGAGCAAGCACUUUGCCCGCCAGAAUGGAGUGCGGAUGGACAUGAUUGCUAUUGCCAAGGAGCAGGGAAUCAAAAAUGUACACCUGGUACCAGAGCCCCAUGUGACAUAG